CUACGGGAGAAGCUCCGUGAGUGUGACACCGGGACAGUCUACGGGAGAAGCUCCCGGAGUGUGACACCGGGACAGUCUACGGGAGAAGCUCCCGGAGUGUCGCUGUUUUGUUUCGGAUCCUGUUUCGGACAUGGAGCCUAAAGUCCAGCGGCGGCGCGCGGACCGUCCACCUCAGAACCAGAAGUGACCGCGGAAUAGACUGUUUCACUCCAUUCAACUUUGAGCCAGGCCAUGUCAUCGCUCUGAAGAUGGCCUGGAGACAAUUGGGGUCUUUUUGGGUGUUUGUUUUGCUGGUGUCCAACGGAGUUCACACUUUAAAGAGCGGCUCCUCAUCGAGAGGGGGAGGGGCCUUGAACCUCCCAUGGCACGAUGAGCUGUGCUGUGACUCACCCCACACCACUGCAGAGGAGAAGCCCCCAGAACAUGAGAGCAGCAAUAAAUCACGCCCCCUGCUGUUUACCCAGUGUAACUUCAGAAGUGAACAUCAUCACAACUCCUCCGGGGGUCUCUGUGUGGAGGUGAUCUGCAGGGUCAGAUAUGACGGGAGCGUGGACGACGGGAGCGUGGACGACGGGAGCGUGGACGACAGGAGCGGGGGUGACAGGAGCACCUUCACCUGUGAGCUGCACUCUGACCAAUCGGCAUUCAGCACGACUCCCACAACCAUCAGCCUGCAGCCUGUAUCCGGCUCCGCAGGGAUUCGUCGGCCUGCAUGGCCUGUUAUCUGUGAAGGGAACAGUUCUCUCACAUGUUCCGUGGUUCUUGAUGCUCUAAGUUCUGACGUUGUAGUAACCAUCACUGUUGCUAACGUCACUUCUUCACCUGCUCACCUCAAAGCUCCCGCAAAACCUGUUAAACCUGGAGCUCCAGUGAACCUCUCCCAUCACCAGACCAUCAACGCAGAGCUGGUUCUGAAUUGGGACCCUCCCCCAGGCGAGUCGGGCCAGCUGAGAUACGAGGUCCUCCAACGCUCCUCCAACGAGACACACUCCACCCAGGAGGUUUUGCAGACGUCUCUAGAGCUUAGAAUGUUUUUAGACUUGGAGGUCAAUAUAAACUACAGCCUUCAGGUUCGCUGUUCAGCCCCUGUGGACCCCCCAGUGUGGAGCGACUGGAGCAAAGCCCACCACAUCAGUCUGGACAUUGUGAGCUACGUUCCAGAGAUCGUGAAGGCGCGUCCAGAUGAAGCCGUCACAGUCUUCUGUGUGUUUAAUGAUCCUCAUUUAAAAUCCAGCUCAGCUCAAUGGACCCUGAACUACGAGCACCCGCUACCACGCCGCCUGUACCACCCCGUCAACCAACGGGUGAGUCAGAUAACAGUGAGGCCGUCAGAUAAACGCAUGUACGAGUUGCUGCAGUGCACGCAGGAGUACGUCAUCUCGUACAGCCACAUCUUUGUUCAAGGGGCUGCCAUUAAUAUAACCUGCCAAACAGACGGGAGCAUGAACGAGAUGGAAUGUACUUGGAAGAGUGAAGAGUGGACGGACCACACGUUUAAGUCCAGGUGGGCUGAUCUGCUGUGUGACGAGAUGGAGCAAAGAGAGAGGGAGGGGGAGGAGCUUGGAUCACCAGGACCAACGUGUCUCCACCAGAAGUCCUGCAGACUCCGCCCCCUCCGCAUGACCUGCUACAGGCUGUGGCUGGAGAUAGACUCCCCGCUCGGCCCCAUCACCUCCAAACCCAUCUAUGUGUCUCCUGUGGACCACGUGAAGCCAGACCCGGCGUCUCACGUGCUCGCUGUGACUCUCAGUUCUGGGCUCCUGUCAGUCACAUGGGACCCUCCUUCUCUGCCCGUUGAGGGGGUGCAGUGCCAGUUCAGAUACCAUGCCCCGUCCACCAUGGGCCAGCCUGAGUGGAACGUCCAGCCUCCUGUAUUGCCCCCUGGAGACAAGGUGAACAUCUCAGACGUCUGUGUGUCAUAUGCAGUACAAGUGCGCUGCCAGCCCACGCACGGCUUCAGAUACUGGAGUGACUGGAGCAAGACUGUUUACUCUGCCCCUCAGAACAGCCAAGCACCGGAGCGUGGGCCUGAUUUCUGGAGAGAAUUUUCCCAUGAUGCAAAUGGAAACCGAACAACAGUAACGCUCCUUUUUGAGCGUGUUCAGACUUCAGGCCUGCCUUACUGUGUGGACGGCCUCAUAAUCACACACCAACCUCUGAACGGCUCGGCCUCAGAGGAGAGAACGGGCCUAAAGACGUCUCAUAGUUUUGAAUGGGACCAUGGCGUACAAACUCUUACCGUGGCAACCUACAACAGCCUUGGACGAUCUGCAAAGAACUUCAACCUCAUCUUGAACGAGCAAAUGAAACGUCGCACUGUGCGUUCAUUCCAUGUGUUCCUGGUGAAUAGCUCCUGUGUGUCUCUGUCCUGGUCUCUCGUGGACAGCAGCUCUGUGCCUCAGUCUCUGGUUCUACAGUGGAAUCACUCACAUCAGGAGAGCCACAAAAGCACAACCACAUGGAGGAGGCUGCGCUACACCGACCCACCUGUACACGUCAGAGGAGACUUCUUUGGUUCAGAGGAACACGACUUUUAUUUGUUCCCUGUGUUUGCGGACGGCGAGGGACAGAACGUCCACACGCGAGCUGUGAGGAGGGAGGCCGGGGCCUUCAUCCUCCUCAUCAUCGUCUCCUUUCUGUCCAUUGUGCUGCUCGUCACUUUGGUCCUUUCUCAAAACCAAAUGAAGAAAAUCGUGUGGAAGGAUGUUCCCAACCCAAACAAGUGCUCCUGGGCCCAAGGUGUCGACUUUAGAAAGAUGGACACUUUUGACCAUCUCCUGAGAGCUCCAGAGGUGCUCCCAGCCUGGCCACUGCUUCUGGCCGGUGAAACCAUCUCUACUGUGGUCAUUAUGGACAAGACUGACCCCCCAGUGCUGGUCCAGCCUCCACUGGACCCUCCCGUCCUCUACAUUUGUGAUUUUGAUUCCCAAGACAACGAGAAGCUCCUGACUGAAGCUGCAGCGGAUAAUACAGAUGUUUCAAACCCAGACACGACAACUUUCCUUUUGUCCCAAAUACUGGACCCGACUAAAAAUGACUCUGCCUCCUGUUCAGUCACCUAUGCGACUGUGGUGCUGUCUGACCCUAAACUAAACCAGCAUUUUCAAGAUAGCGGUGGGUGCAGCUCUUGUGAUGAAGGUAAUUUCUCCGCUAAUAAUUCAGAUAUAUCGGAUUCUUCCCAUGGUGCAUUGUGGGAACUGGAGAGCAGUAAAACCGGAGAUUCGGACGUAGACCAACGCCAUUCCGGCUCUUAUAACUCAGUGGAGGAAAUGUCCAAAUCUUCUGAUCAAGAAGACGAGAAUAAACAAGAAAUAGACUUGUACUAUUUGACUUUGACCGGUGAGGACAGCAGGGAGGAGGGACAUAAACAUGACCUCUUAAAAAGGCUAAUUUUAAGUAAAGAAAACUGUUCCUUGCCUUUGCUCAAUGUUGAAGAUGACUCGGACGAGAAAACUGAGCUGCUUUCUGCUGCCCCUGGUGGCUUUUCUCCGCUCUAUCUGCCACAGUUCAGGACUGCUCCCUGAAAUCACAAAUAAGCCCCAGCUGUGAACGUGUAAGAGUGACCUUUGAACAACCUCUGAACGACCUAUGAACGCAUACUAGUGACCUCUGAACGACCUCGGAACGUGUAAGAGCAUCCUCCAAACUCAUGUGAACAACAUCUGAACGACCUAUGAACACAUACGAGGAACCUCUGAACACAUACGAGCGACCUCAGAACGACCUCUCAAAGAUCUCUGAAUGCGUAAGAGUGGCCUCUGAACGCGUGCAAAUGACCUCUGAGCGACCUCUGACUCCGUCCAUAUGACCUGUGAGCGACUUCUGACUGCGUACAUAUGACCUCUGAGUGACCUCUGAAUGCGUACAAAUGAUCUUUGUACUAUCAAAAUACAUUGUGUAGUUGAACUUUUAUCAAAGCACAUUUUCCAUGAAAAGUGAAUGAAAAACCAUACCUCUGAUGACGACUUCUGACGUGUCCCGACGUGUCCCAACAUGUCUCAAAGUGCGCUGACAUGUCCCGACGUGUCUCGAUGUGUUCUGACUUUUUCCGACGUGUCUCUGUGUCAUGUGUUCUGACGUAUUUCUUACGUGUCCCGACAUGCUCUGACAUGCUCUGAUGUGUCUUGACAUGUUCCGACGUGUCCUGCCAUGGUCUGACACGUUCUAACCUGCUCUGAUGUGUCCCGACGUGCUCUGACGUGCUCCAACGCGUUCUGCUGUGUCCUGGCGUGUCCUGGCGUGUCCUGGCGUGUCCUGGCGUGUUCUGGCGUGUUCUGACGUGUUCUGACGUGUUCUGACGUGUUCUGACACUUUCAUCAGCUCUAUUUUGUGUUUGAAAUGAGGGACAUGGCUCAUUUUGAGGCAUUUUUUCCAUUGAGUGAUUUUCAAAUUACUUGAUACAAAAGUUUUAAUUUAUGGGUUGAAAGUCACCACCUGCUUGUCUCCAUGGAGAUGUUAUUUCUUUGCCUGGAAUGUUCCCCAAUAUGGCUUUAAACUUCUGUGAGUUUCAGUAGUGUUAUGACUAAAGCAGUGGUUCUUAACCUGGGUUCGAUCGAAUCCUAGGGGUUCGGUGAGUCAGUCUCAGGGGUUCGGCGGAGGUCAAAACACAGACGCUGGCUGUGUCCCAAUUCAACAAAUGCACCCUUCAAUAUGCCUAUUGAAGUACCUGCCCGACUUAAUUUAAUGGCACAAUGGCGCAUUUAAGGGCAUUUAAGGGCAUUUAAGGGCAUUUAAGGGCACUUGAAUUGAGACAUGGCAUGAGACACGGCCAGAGUGAUGCCCCAGCAUUGACUGGGAGGAUCCCGGCGACAACUGCGCUCUGAUUGGACAUCUUUGAGGGACCACGGAAGCACAUUGCCGAAAUUAGGUGAUGGGUGUGUGUUAAAAUGUUAAAAAUAAUAAAUUGCAUAAAUACAAUAAGUUCAUUAUUGGAAUACAUAAGAUUAAAAAUUAAAAUCAUUUCAGUGUGGUAGUAUUAAAAAAGGUCAUGUCUUUGUGAAAAGGUAUGUAUGUAAUUUGUUGUGAGUUCAUGCAUUGUAUUGGUUUUAUUCUUUGAACACAGUGAUGUUAAUGCACGGUUCAUUUUGUGCACCAGUAAAACAUACAGGUGUCUUGAGUUUGAAAAAAAACAUAUUUUAUUUUUUCAAUAAAGAAGGGUUCAGUGAAUGUGCAUAUGAAAGUGGUGGGGUUCAAUACCUCCAAAAAGGUUAAGAACCACUGGACUAAAGAAUGCUUUAAAUACAUGCUUUCUAUAGAGCAAACCUGUAGCACCGCCUGGUGGCAUUGCCUACUCAUCUCCAUGGAGAUGUUACUGUUUUUCCUGGGAUUUUCUUUGCAAAAUGACUGCGCAGUAUUGCUUAAAGUACAAUGUGCAACAAAGCUCAUGUGAGUGUGCCAAGGGUCAGGGGUUAUGGGUUAAAUGUUAAGGGUUAUGGGUUAAAGGUUAGGGGGUUAGGGGUUAAAGGUUAAACGUUAAAGGUUAAGGGUUAAGGGUUAAAAGUUGUGUUCAUGCAUCUACGUCAGGUUGUAAAAUGCCUAUAGUUUAAAGUGAAGCUGGAUGGGUCACAUUUCUAUUGUGAAGUUUCCUGUUUAACUGUGAAAUCCAGAUGUGAAUUCAAAAGGGCAGCACCAACAUGGAAGAUCCUCAGUGUUGCUUUACAAUUUUCUUUACACCUGUAUAUGAGGUAGUACACCUGUACACGAGGUAGUACACCUGUGCACGGUGUAGUACACCUGUGCACGGUGUAGUACACCUGUGCACGGUGUAGUACACCUGUGCACGGUGUAGUACACCUGUGCACGGUGUAGUACACCUGUGCACGAGGUAGUACACCUGUGCACGGUGUAGUACACCUGUGCACGGUGUAGUACACCUGUGCACGGUGUAG